AUGGAUCAGUAUGUUGACAGUAUGCCCUAUGUUCCGAACCGCGCGGAAUACGAAGCCCGAGCACGAUCGGUUCCGCGGCAUGAAAUCGAAGAAGCUGUUCUGCCAGAGGGAUUCCCAGUCAACAUAACCUCGAAAAUGGCUUGGGACAGGGACAGUAUUGAGUCCUACAAGGAUGGCUACAUAUUGAGCUUGGACGAUUCACAGCUGAAGGAGAUUGACGAUGCACUGCAGAAUUUCAAGUGUAAAGCGGCUUGUGCCCCAAAUCUAGUAUAUUUUUGUUGCAUCGGAAAGGAGGCUGAAGUUUCAUCUACACAGCUCUAG